CUCUCUCUCUCACACACACACACACACACACACACGAUGCGACUCUAUCACUACAUGCAUGAAGCGAUUUGCUGGAUCGUGGAAUGCAGGGAGAUGGACACAAAAAGUUUAAGUGAGAGAUACAGUCGUCAUUCCUUGUUGUAACACUCCCACAGAUCCAUUCAUCAUCAGCCAAUCAGUGUUCAGCAAACAGGUACUGUGACAGAUGCCACACCUAUGACAGGCACCAGCACGUGGAGGAAGGGACGAGAAGGUGGAGAAUAGAUACAAAGUUUGUACUGGUGUAAGGAAGACUGUCGCCAAUUACAAGGAGAAAAAGAAAGCCAGUGACUGGUUCAAGAAUUUGAAUGCAAUUCAUGUGGAUUCUUUUGGAAAGGGCACAGAAAGUUUAAAUCAGCAAGGGAACAACAAGGACUCGCUGUCUGAGAAGAAGAGAGACACAGAAUAAAGUGUGCAGGAUGGACACAUGGCUGAAUGAAGUCCAGAAGCAUCCGGCCCUGUAUGUCUUGUGCUGUUCUGUAAUCUUCAGGAUCCUUCACCGGUUCCUGCAGACUGUGCCCAGUCCCGGGACGGUGGAAGUAGACCCCUGGAGGAUGUGGAAAUGGAGGAACCUCUCAGUGUCACUCGUCCACUCACUGCUGACUGGCAUCUGGGCCGUCGCCUGCAUCAUACAGCAUCCUGUGAUGGUGCAUGAAAUCCACUCCACCUACACCCCAUCAGCAUACAUGCUAGUCGUCGUCUCAUCUGGAUACUUCAUUCAGGAUGCUGCUGACAUUAUUUUUAGUGGGUAUGCAAAAGCAUCUUGGGAGUUUUUACUUCACCAUGUUAUGGGAUCCUGA